UACUAUCUGUAGUGCAUGUGUUAGUCGAUAUGACAUCGCUGCGGUAUUCGCAUGUGCCUGCGUUGUCAUCCGGCGACAAAUUAUCCACCAUUAGACUAUGGUUCUAUGGAGUAUCGUCUGCACAUCUGGCUGCAACAGCUGUUGUGACACUAACUAUAGAUAUGACACAAGAUGACGAUCCUAAAGUCAGGAUAUACUGGUACGUGAGGUGGUUAUUGUUAACAUGCUGGAUUAAUCUCGUGAUGUUAUUUUAUCUCCCAGUAAGUUUUUACUGUGAAUGGAAACAAAGAUACAGCAAGUAUACUCAGUAUGUUCAAGCCUUGGAUAGAUUACGAGAUAUUGCUAUGACUGGUAUCAUUUUCCCAUGUACGUUGUGUUGUGAUAUUUGGUUUUGGUGUCUAUGGAAUACGGACCGUAAGUUGAUUGCUACAGAGCGAAUAUUCGAUUACCUGCCAGAAUGGGCUCAGCAUUCCCUGCACACUGUCUCUGCGCUUGUAAUUGUGCUGGACCUAGUACUCGUGCCCCGGCGAAGGCCACCUUCACUGAAGCCUGGUUUAGUGGCUUUAUUUGCUUUCACCACUCUUUACUCUAUUGCAAUCAUACUUAGCAGCAGCCUAACGGAAUAUCAUGCGUAUGAGUUUUUUGCAAGAAGCAAUAUUAUACAAAUUAUAUUUAUAUUAUUGUUCGGCACUUUGCAGAUAUUAAUCGUGUAUUAUUUACAGUGGUUUUUUAUUGAUUUUGUAUGGAGUUCUAGAUUAAAUAAAGUUAAGAAUUAACAAA